UUAGGGUUUCGAGGUUUUUUGCUUUUUAGGCGCAGUCGGAGAGGAAGGGAAUACGGUGUUGGUGACGGUUUGUGUCUUCGGACAAGAAGAGGAGACCGAUGAAGAGGUCACCGGCAUUCUCUCUCUUCUCCAAAACCCUCUGCUUCAUCUAUCGCCCUCGUCCCACCGAUGCUCUACUUUCCUCCUCCUCCUCUUACUCCGUCGCCGCUACCGGAAGCGGAGCUCUUCAGCCCAGCUUCAUGGCCGAAUACCUCGUCACGUCAUGUGGCUUCUCCCCGGAGAAGGCGACCAAGGCCUCGAAUCUCCUCGGCGGCAUCGCGUCCCGCCGGCAGCCCGACUCCGUCCUUGGCUUUCUCAAAAGCCACGGUUUCGACGACACCCAUGUGAAAGAGCUGCUGUCUGGGAACCCCCGGUGGCUUCUCCUCGACGUGGAGACGAACCUGGCCGCCAAGUUCCGAACUCUCCAGGAGUUAGGUUUCUCACAGUCCGACAUCACCCACCUCCUCGUGGCCAAUCCCUCCGCAAUCGACUGUCGCGUCCCCACCGUGGUGCACAAGAUCCGGUUUUGGCAGGGACUCAUCGGAUCCAACGACCUCCUCAUAAAGCUCUUUAAGCACCACCGGUGGCUUCUCGGGUAUAGCGUCGAGAAGAGGAUCCAGCCAAACAUCGAGAUGCUACGGAGCUGUGGAUUCGCGGAUCAAAAGCUUAGAACGAUCCUGACGUACCAGCCCACGUUGGUAACCCGGAGGGCGGAAACCUUGAGGGCCUUGAUCAGUCGUGUCGAGGGAUUCGGAGUAGCCCGCACCUCGGGGAGGUUCCACUGGACUCUGUGGACGCUCUCCAAUGUUAGCGUGGAGAGAUUCAAUGCGCAAAAGAAGCUAUUCGGGGCCUUCGGGUGGUCAGAGGCCGACUUCCUCGACGCAUUCAGAAAGACUCCUGGAUUCUUGACAGGUUCCCUGAAGAAUCUUAAGAUGAAAAUGGAAUUCUUGGUGAAUGAGGCUGGAUAUGCUCCGUCUUAUAUCGCCCUCCGGCCUGUGCUUUUGACAUAUAGUUUAGAGAAAAGGUUGAUCCCAAGAUAUCAGCUCAUGGCAGCCCUGAAGUCCAGGGGGCUGUGCGCUGGUCAUCCCAAAUUGUUCACAUAUAUCACGUGUCCAGAGAAGAAGUUCUUGGAAAGUACUUGAUGACCUCAAACUCAAAGGGAAGAAAAAAGAAAGACGGAAGGAGAAGAAGAUAGAAAAGAGGAAAGUUGAGAUGGUGAAAAGAUAAAAGAAAAAAGAAAAAAGAGAAAAUUGUGAUUGUGAUUCUAAAUCAGAGGAGGGAACAUUGCUUUUGCUUUGCUUGCUAUUCACUGCAUCCAUCCACUGCAUUUGUUGUUUACUACUCCAUCCACCGGGUUGAAUAGAUGGAAGAUUACAGGCAGAAGGAAGAGGAGGACAGAAGUAACCCAUAACCUAAUAUGAACUGUUCCUGCUCCUCAUAUUUAUUAAGGUUUAACCAAUGAUUUUGACACUUUGGAAAAUUGCGAACUAGUGAUUGCAUAGUGUACAUGGCAGAAGCACUUGUCGUUGUUUCGUCCUCUUCUGUAUAGAAUAGGCAGCAUGUUUGGUUGGUCCAAUCCGAUCAAUAAAAGAAAAUAUUUCACAGGUUUA